AUGGCUACAUAUCAGAUCCCAGCCCCACCCCCAAUGUCGUUACAGGGAGACGUAGUGGAGAACUGGCAGGACUUCGAAUCCUCAUGGGACUAUUAUACCAUUGCUACCGAUCUAAGGUCGAAAUUUACAUUCCCUCCAGGCAAGGAAAUAGUAGCCGCAACACUUUGCACGAAGCCCUCCGAGUCCGCCGACGAAUAUGUCGUCCGCCUGCGUCAUCUAGCCAAGUCUUGUGAGUUCGGUGACUUGAAGGACUCUCUCAUCCGAGAUCGGAUAGUCAUAGGUACUACCGAUGAGAGUGGACGUGAACGCCUUUUAAGGGAACGGCCGGUGCCAAGCCUAAAUAAGGUGGUGGAAAGCCUUCGAGCUGCCGAGAUCUCAAGAACUCACCGACAAGCGAUAAGCGGGAAACCAUACUCGAACCAGGCAGAAACCAUUCACCAUACAGAUAAGAGGCAGCCGAACAGAAGAAACAACCAAAGAAAGGGCCGGGGUAACAACGGUAACAACGGUGGACAACAAAAAACAAACGGGAACAAAAGAAGGCAAACCCAAGACUGUAGACCACCAGCCCCGGGAAGCCAUAACUCCUCCACCUCCUGUCACUGGUGUGGAAAAAAGGCAGACCAUGUCAAGAAAGAUUGUCCUGCUAAGGAUGCAAAGUGCCGUAACUGCGGCAAAACAGGCCACUACGCCGUAGUCUGUCGGUCAAACAAACAAGUGCAUGAAGUAAAUAGAGAAGAGGAAGGAAGCUACCAGGAAGAUUACUAUUUAGACGACUGCUACUUCAUGGGCGAAGUGAGCACCCCCAACGAUGAAUUCUGGUCAGCGGAAGUGCUCAUAAACCACAACCCCUGUACCUUGAAACUUGAUAGUGGGUCAAAGGUGACAGUGGUUGGCGACAAGGCACCGUGGUUGGAAAACCGGCGACUGGACAAGGCGACAAGCAUGUUCAGAGGAUCCGGUGGAGUGAACUUGUCCCACUUGAUAAAAGGACAGAUAACAGACGCCUUAUUUGCAGUCGGAGGGAGGACACACCGCGAAAAUGUUUACGUCAUGAAGAACAAAUCUAAGAAUCUACUUUCCAAGUCAGCAAUCCAGGCACUCCAGCUGUUAAUACCGUCAGCAGCAGUGCACAAUGUGGAGACCGACCCUAAUUUCAAGGCAGAAUUCCCCGAGUUAUUCAAAGGGCUGGGCCUCAUGAAGGAUAAGUACAAGAUACCUCUGAAACCGGACGCAGUAUCAGUUUGUCUAUACACACCCCGACGUGUACCGCACCCACUUCUCCCUAAGGUCAAAGAGAAGCUACUGGCCAUGGUUCGUCAGAAGGUAAUCUCACCAGUAAGCGAGCCCACAGACUGGUGCUCAGGCAUGGUGAUCGCUCCCAAGCGCAAUGGUGAUGUAAGGAUCUGCGUUGACCUGACACCGCUGAACAAGGCAGUAAAACGAGAGAUCCACCCUAUGGCAAGUGUCGACGAGAACUUGGCAAAGCUUAAGGACAGCAAAGUCUUCACCAAGCUAGACGCCAACUCUGGAUUUUGGCAAAUACCCCUCGACGAGGAGUCUCGGUUGCUCACCACCUUUGUCACACCAUUUGGCAGGUACUGCUUCAACCGCCUCCCAUUUGGAAUCAGCUCAGCCCCUGAGAUAUUUCAGCGUACCAUGUCUCGAAUCCUAGAGGGCCUCGAUUGCACAGUUUGUCACAUGGAUGACAUCCUCAUACAUGGGCCGACACAGGAGCCUCACGACAGCCGUGUCCGAAAAGUGUUACAGCGGCUCAAGGACGCUGGAGUCACAUUGAACGAGAAAUGUGAGUUCUCUAAACAGCGCAUGAAGUUUCUCGGGCAUGUAAUCUCGGAGGAUGGGGUAGAAGCAGACCCGGAGAAAACCAAAGCAAUCCAAGAUUUUCCCCGACCUACCACUGUGACAGAGCUCCAGCGUUUCAAUGGUAUGGUCAACCAGCUGGCCAAAUUUAUACCCGACCUAGCAACCAUCAAUGAGCCCCUACGCCAGCUACUUAAGAAAGAGCAGCAGUGGCUUUGGGAUCAGCCUCAGGAAAUGGCCUUUCAGGCGAUCAAGACGAAACUGACCUCUACAGAUGUGCUGGCACACUACGAUCGAAACAAACGAAGCAUCGUCGCUGCCGGGCUUGGAGCAGUCUUACUACAAAGCGACAGCAGCGGUAACCGGCGCCCAAUCGCCUUCGCUUCACGCUCUCUAAACGACACGGAGAAGCGAUACGCAGUCAUCGAGAAGGUGGCGCUGGCCGCCACGUGGGCAUGUGAAAAGUUCUCAGACUACAUCCUUGGGACACCAUUCACCCUAGAAACGGACCACCGCCCACUGGUACCCCUUCUCUCGAGCACAGACCUCUCCAAGCUGCCCCCGAGGGUUUUGAGGUUUCGCCGCCGAAUGGCCAGGUAUUCACCAGAGGUCACUUACGUGCAAGGAGUGCACCAAAACACAGCGGACGCCCUGUCUCGUGCACCCACAAGCAGUCCCACUCCCCAGGACUUAAAACAAAUCGAGGAAUUAGAAGAACACAGCGAAUCAGUCCUAGAGUCCCUACCUGCAACGGAACGGCGCCUCAAAGACAUCCAGGAAGCCCAGGACUGCGACGCCAUAUGCAAGCAGGUGAAGACCUACUGCUUAGAGGGAUGGCCUCCCAUUAUGCCAUCCCUACCACUCCUAAAGCCAUACUGGGAGAAGAAGCAACACUUGACGGUCAACCGAGGAAUCCUGAUGUAUGAUCACAGGCUAAUUAUCCCCUCAAGCAUGCAACUAGAGAUGCUGGAGACCAUUCAUGAAGGCCAUCUUGGCAUUACCAAGUGCCAAGGGCGCGCGAGCUCCUCAGUGUGGUGGCCGCUCAUAACCAAGCAGAUAGAAGCAAUGGUCAACAGAUGCCAAACUUGCGCCAAACUUAGACCAGAGCGAAGAGAACCCCUUAUGGCGCUGUCUUUCCCAAACCUACCAUGGAGCCGUCGGUACAGACCUCUUUGA